CCUCCUCCCGCCCAAAAAUUCCACUUCCGGAAAAAAGCACGCUGUGGAAGAAACGUUGUUACGCACGUGUUAAAACUAUUUUAUAAAUUUAUAAUUUCGUCAUAAGUUUUAGAUUGUAGUAGUUGUUAAUACAGAUUUUGUAAGUCUGACGUGAACCAUGGUGGGGUCACGUGUAUACGUUGGCGGGCUACCAUUCGGUGUCAGAGACAGAGACUUAGAAAAGUUCUUCAAAGGUUUUGGUAGAAUUCGAGAUAUUCUUAUCAAAAAUGGAUAUGGCUUUGUGGAAUUUGAGGACUACAGAGAUGCAGAUGAUGCAGUAUAUGAAUUGAAUGGAAAAGAACUACUUGGCGAGCGGGUGUCGGUGGAGCGCGCGCGGGGCGUGCCGCGCGGCGCGGACCGCCGCCGGGGCCGCGACGCGCCCGCACCGCGCACGCACGCGCCCCACGCGCCCCACUCCAGCGCGCCCCACGCCACCCACAGAGACGCUGACUACAAUUAUAGAUACGGACCGCCAACGCGCACCGAGUACAGACUUAUCGUCGAAAAUCUAUCUAGCCGCAUUAGCUGGCAGGACUUGAAGGAUUACAUGCGUCAGGCUGGCGAAGUUACCUACGCUGAUGCCCAUAAGCAGCAUAGAAAUGAAGGCGUGGUGGAGUUCGCGACGCACUCGGACAUGCGCGCUGCGAUAGAGAAGUUGGACGGCACUGAGUUGAAUGGACGCCGCAUCCGGCUGGUGGAGGACCGCCGCUCUUCGCGCCGCCGCACGCGCUCCUCUUCCAGUCGCUCGCGCAGCCGCUCCCGCGACCGCCGCCGCUCGCGCUCCAGAUCUCGUUCCCGUCGUUCGUCUCGCAGCCGGUCCCGCUCCAAGUCCCGGCCGAAGACCAAGAGCCCCGUCGCCAAGUCCCGCUCUCGCUCCAGAUCUAAGGGGCGCAGCCACUCCAAGUCCGCGUCCGCGUCGCCGGCGCGCAACUCCCCCCGCGAACGCUCUCCGCGAAACUCCCCGCGACACUCCGCAGAUAGGAACGGCCGGGAACGAUCCCGAGAGCAAUCCAGGUCCCGCUCACGAGAACGAUCCAGGGAGCGAUCCCGAUCCCGUUCCCGUUCCAAGUCGCGCUCGCCCCGCGCCGACAAGGAGAGGUCUCGUUCGCGCAGCAAGGAGGCGCAGUCCCCGAAGCGUGAAGAAGAGAGACGCGCGAACAAGUCUCGCUCGCGGUCUCGGUCUCGGUCCCCGUCCCGAGACCGGUCUCGCUCGCGGUCCCGCUCUCGGUCUCGGUCCGCCUCCCCGCGUCAGAACGGCACCGGACAGGAGCGCGCAAGCGCGGACCGCUCCCCGCGCAGCGGAGACUAGAACUGGGACACAAUUAGGUUUACGUGUUAGGUUUAUCUCGUGGCUUAGAACAUCUUAUAAGCAAUUUAUCUUUAAGUAUUUCGAUUGUCUUAAGAAGUUGCGUUUUGCAAUUUUACACUUUUAAUGAUAUUUUUAUCACUUGCUUCUUUCGUAAAUAUGACCUAUAGAGCGGGUGCACGCCUUUGAGUUUACAAUCGCAUAUCUGUUGAGCAUUUGUUGAUUCUUUCGCAAUUCAACAGUAGUUGCACAACUCAAAAUCGCAUAGUGUUCGCAUCUUCACACAAGCUUUUAGGAAUCGAAGCGAGACUAAACAGUUGUGCUAUAGUUUAGUCACAGGUGUGCGCGCGCUCUUAAUAUGACUUGUAAGUUUUUAAUUAUCAAUAACAGCUAGUUCAAAUCAUCCGUAAUAGUGUUGUAAUUUGACUAGCUCUGUUGUUGCAAUGUAAGGAACGUUUAGGAAGUACACUUGUAGCAAGCAAGAUUUAGACUACUUACUAAGGUCUAGAUUUAAUAUGAAUGAUUAAUUCAUUAACUUUAGAUUCUGCGUUAAUAAUGUUUUGGACUCAUUAAAUAUGCAAUAUGAAAAGUAAAAGAUAAAUAUGUAAAUAGAGAUAUUGUAAUGUCAUGAUUACUUUAAUAUUUGGAUGUGUUUGGUUUCCUAGUUUUAAGGUGAUCGAGGUCGCUGCACUCGCUUAGGUUAAUUAUAAACGCACUUUGCGUCACUAUUUUUAUGACAUCUGUAUCGAGUUAAAGUUACACCUUGUCUACAAAUAAACAGGAACUCGAAAAGUACAUAUGAAGAAGAAAUGUUUGUGUAAUGAUAUAUUUGUAAUGUAAUUUGCAUGUUUCAAGUGCAUUUAAAUUAAAAAAAGACUAGAAAUGGUAGUUCAAAAUGUUCACUGACUUAAUUGAAAAAUAAUAUGUGAAUGGUUUUCACCAAGUUUUUUGGUGUUUCUUUAGAUUUCAUGUAGACGUCCUAAUAUUUUUAGGUGUAAUGGUAUUUUUUUGUAAAUAUUAAAUUUGUUAUUAUAACCAAAUAAUUAGAUACGA